UGAACUUCUAGUGCGAGUGAGUGAGUGAGUGAGUCGGGGGAGGGGGGGGAACGACGACGACGACGACGACGACGAGCGAACAACCAGUUGCUGACUUCCAGAACUGGAUUCUCGGAAUGUUUAGACAUAUUGGACCUUGCAACCCGCCGUCGAAAUGUUGUUGCGCUGCAUGGACGUGGACGUGGUGGCGGCUAUUUGGGUAACUUUGUUGUUGCUGAAAACUUGUACGUGUUCCGCCCAGGAGGAGGACGUCGACGGCGAGGUUUUGGAGCACGACGAAAUGAGCGAGUUUUACAGAAAGGGUCUUUUCGCCUUGGAGAGCACCCUGCUCCAGCGCUGCGUCACAGUGGAACGAUCCGACCUCGUGCUCCGAGACUGUCGUCGUCCCACCCGCCGCAUGCUGUGGAAGUGGGUCUCCCACCAUCGCCUCUUCAACUUGGGCACCGACACGUGCCUGGGCCUCAACAUGUCCGACGCCACGCGGCCCCUGGGAACCUUUCGGUGCGACACGGACCUUCCCGUACUGUGGUGGCGCUGCAGAGGGAACAUGCUGUACGGGGCAUCCCGGUGGAAGGUGUCCGUGGCUGGAAAUUUGGUGGUGGUGAAGAGAAACUCUUAUCACGAGUGGAAACGGUUCAACACGCCGAGAGAGGGGCCCUGCUCAAAUCCAUAUGAAGAUAUCCACACUUUAUUGGGCAACGCACACGGCAUGCCCUGUGCGUUGCCCUUCAAGUACAACAACAAAUGGUACUCGGAGUGCACCACUGAGGGCCGCGAAGAUCAUCUUCCGUGGUGCUCGACCACCACCAGAUAUGAUGAGGCAGAAAAGUGGGGUUUCUGUCCCGUGCAUGAUUACAGUUGUGAGCAUUUCUGGGAGUCCAACCACGAGCUGCGUGCUUGCUAUCAGUUCAACCUGUACACCAUCCUCACGUGGAGUCAAGCCAUGCUGACAUGUCAGGCUCAGGGUGGCGAUCUGCUCAGCAUCACCAGCUUGGCAGAGCACAGGUACAUCAGAGAUCGGAUGGAUAGCGUUGGAGCAAUGGUGUGGAUCGGGCUCAACCACUUGAAGGCCGGUCGGGGGUGGCAGUGGUCUGAUGGCGCGCCGCUGUCGUUGGUUCAUUUCACAACAGCGCUGCCGGCCAGCCCUCUCGAGGACAACCGACAAUGUGGCGUGUACAACUCCGGCCCUGACGGACUCUGGCAGAGUCUUUCCUGUGAGUCUGCUCUGCCUUACAUCUGCAAGAAGACACCCAAUGACACGCACAGAGCCGAGCCGCUCGAGAACUGGCAGUACGUCCAAACGGUGUGCGACGACGGCUGGCUGCCUCAUAACGGUUUCUGCUACCAGAUCCCGGAGGAUGCGAGAAGCUGGGAGGAGUCUUCCCAGACAUGCGUCUCUCGUAACGCCAACCUCACCGGCCUUCACUCUCUCUCUGAGGUGGAGAUGCUGCACACUCUUCUGGCUAACUACUCCGGCGAGAGUUCAGGAAUGUGGAUUGGUCUGUGGAAACAAGCGUCUUCCGCGACUGUCGAGUGGUCCGACGGCUCACCAGUAACUCUCACAAUGUGGCACCAGUACCACCCUCCUCGCAACCUGACUGGUGCGAGCCUCUGCGCCAAGGCAGACAGGAAGGAAGGUGCCUGGCUUUUGGUUUCGUGUGACGAGCGACUUCCUGCCGUGUGCCGCAAAGACAGCCAUCGCACAUCGGUUCAUAAACUCGGAACCUGGGACGAAGGCUGCCCUGAGGGCUGGAAGCGUUACGGUCACUCCUGCUACACCAUCACCAGGCACGAACAGAUUUAUAAGGAUGCACAGAGUGGCUAUUACUGCAACGCGCCUCUCCUUACUGUGGACAACAGGUUCGAGCAAGCAUUUGUCAACAGUUUGCUGAGUGCUAAUGGGGCCAAUGGCAGCAUGUCUUACUGGAUUGGCCUGAUAGACUCAGGCGGGAGUGAAUACAGAUGGCUGCAUCACAAUGGUUCCACUCUGCCUCUCACCUUCACAAACUGGAACAAACAUCAGCCAGUUAGUUCCAACGGCUGUGUCGCAAUGUCAGGUGGUUCUGCUCUGGGCCACUGGGAGGUGAAAGACUGCAAUUCCCACAAAGCCUUGUCAGUCUGUAAGCAGAGCAUUAGCAGCUACCGGGAAGUCCAGCUGCUACCAGAAGCCCACAAUGACGCCUUUAGCGCCUGUCCUCCAGGAUGGGAAUCACAAGCUGGUCUCCUCUACUGUUUUAAAGUUUUCCAUGACGAAAAGGUUCUCAUGAAACGUUCCUGGGUUGAAGCGGACUACUUUUGCCAGGCUCUCGGAGCCCAGCUGGCCAGUUUCCGCCACUAUGCGGAGCAGUUGUUUGUCAAGCAGCUCCUCAGUACCAUGUUCGAAGGAACAGAGGGUCGCUGGUUGUGGGUUGGCUUCAAUAAAAGAGAUCCUGAACAUCCGGGAGCUUGGGAAUGGUCCGAUGGUUCUCCUAUGAUGACCUCCUUCAUCGAGGACAAAAAUGAUGAGGACGACAGGAGAGACUGCGCGGUGUACAGUGACCUGCCCAACAGUCUCACGCCGCGGCCGUGCGAAAGCAAACACGAGUGGAUCUGUAAGCUGCCCAGAGGAGAGCAACUGAAAAAAACCUACUGGUAUACUGAGCAGAGCGAGCCGUGGGUGUUUUACCGUAGCGCUGAGUACCUGGUGGCAAAGCAGCCCUUCAGCUGGGAUGCCGUCUCUCUUGCUUGUCAGAUGAUGGGAGCCUACCUGCUGUCCAUUCACUCCAGAGAGGAGCUGAACUUUGUCAAGGAGCGCUCGCGACGGCUCUCCCUAGGCCCCACUGACUGGUGGAUUGGUCUUUCCAUUGACCAGCAGGGAGAGGAGGUCAGGUGGAGUGACAAGACAGAGGUCAACUUUCACAACUGGGCAGAGGACAAUGAUGGCCACAAUGGUAGAAAAACUGGGUUGUGUGUCACCAUGUCCUCAUCAACAGGGAAGUGGUCGGCCAAUCAAUGCAGCGAUCUUCAUGGAUAUGUUUGCAAGAGAAAGACCAUCUCUGUAGUGGAGACUCCGAGGGAGCCGCACUACAUCGGAGGGUGUCCGGAGAAAUGGAUGUACUUUGGACACAAGUGUCUCCUGCUUCACCUCCCUGACACUCCAAAGGAGGGAAAGAGUUGGAAUGACGCCCGGUCCAUCUGCUCCUCAUUCCAAGGCUCACUCGUGGCUAUAGAAGAUGAGAUUGAACAAGCAUACAUCACCAUGUUGCUUCAGGGAAUCUCUGUAGGCGUGUGGAUUGGUCUGUGGAAUCAAGAUACCAUGAAAUGGACAAAUGGGAGACCGGUCAGCUAUACCAACUGGUCUCCCAUUGAACCAAAGAGCUACCUCAAUGAGGAUGAGUUGCUCACUGGCUUGGGUGAUGAACCGCUGUGCGCCGUGCUGUCCAACAACCACAAUGUCCACCUGACGGGGAAGUGGUAUGAUGAGAAGUGCGGUGACGAUGGCUACGGCUUUGUUUGCCAAAAACCUCAAGAUACGUCCAAACCCCCCACGCACUCUUCUCGCCACCCACUCCCUGACAGCGUUGAGUACAAAAGUCGCAGUUAUAAGAUGGUUUCGGGCAACAUGAGCUGGUAUGACGCCAUGCAUAUGUGCAUAGACAAUGAUUCAGACCUAGUGAGCAUCACCGAUGCCUACCACCAGGCUUUCCUUACGGUCCUUGUCAAUAGAUUGGGAGUUCCACACUGGAUCGGACUGUACAGUCAAGAUAGUGGGAUCAACUAUCAGUGGUCAGAUGGCAGUGACACCGUGUACACACACUGGGAUGCGGCCGAAGACGACUUUGAGACCGGAGAAUGCGUGUACAUGGACGUGAAUGGGGGAUGGCGGCGAGCUGACUGUGAAACGCAUCUACCAGGAGCCUUGUGCCACAUUCCGCCGCCAAGGAAUAAGCCCUUUGUCUCAUACGAGGCUGUGUGCCCCUCGACGUGGGUGAAAUUUGGACACGGCUGUUACAACUUUGAGCCUGUGGUGCAGAAACUGGCUUUUGAGGAGGCACGAGAGCACUGCAGACGGAAAGUCAACACUUCGGACGUCCUGUCCAUCGAGAACGACGUAGAGAACCGCUUUGUCCUAGAGCAGCUGUGGUCUUCAGGUUUCCUUCACCAGAACAUGUGGUUGGGGCUUUACUUCAACAUUGACACGGAUUCGAUGGCUUGGGUGGACGGUUCACCUCUGGACUACAGCAGCUGGCCCAACAAAGCUCCCGACCUCAAGCUGCUGACCGCCGACACCUGCGUCAGCACCCGGGCGGUGGACGGAGUGUGGCGCUUGUCGGGGUGCACCGAGCGCCUCGGCUUCGUCUGCAAAACAAUCUCCGAUGCAACUACUGAAGUGGAAAUGGAACCAUUCAAUGGAUUACAUAACGGCAUCAUCCUCGCUGCUGUACUGGUGGCCGUGCUGAUCUUUGGUCUGCUGGCAGGAGCGGUGUGCUUUGCUUACAGGAGAAACGCACAUUUUCGGGGGCUCCCUGCACUCGGUACCGCCUAUUACCGACAAACGGGCUCCCACGCUACGGAGUCGGACGGUAACGUGCUGAUCACAGAGCUGGAAGAUCACUCAGGAUAACAUUUAAGGCUGACAUUGCAAAUUUGAUUCAGAACAGGGUUGACGUCUUGGUAGCAAACAUUUUAUAAUUCAACUGUACGGAAAGCCAUUUAAGAAUUGAUUCGAUAUCCUUGACGCGGAGUUUAAAUUCUUCGAUGGCUCAGUUGGUAGAGUGGAGGGUUGUCGAGGCUGAAAUCUUUAGGUCGCUGGUUCAAGUCCGGCUCAAAAGGGAAUUUGCCUAUUAUUUACAAUAAUAGGAAUGAAAGAUAACGUGGCUUAUUCAUCCAAAUCGACCAAUUACCUGUAGACAAUGCCACAACUGCUCCAUGCAACAUAAAUGGCUUCCAAUAAUGCUGUGCUACAUACUUUUCUUCUGUCCCCAGAUAUGCGUGAUAAAGAGCUAGUGUAUUACCAAAGUCUGACGCUUUGUGUACAAUAGAGCAAUUGUGGCAUUUUCUAGAGGUAGAUUUAGAUGAAUACGUGCGCUUAUUUUUGUAUGCCUAAUUUCAUAAAGAUUGAAAAUUCUCAAAAAUAUCCUUCGAGCCACACUUGGACCAGCAACCUAAGGAUUUCAGCUUUAGACCUCAACAGUCUUCCGCUCUACCAACUGACCUAUCGAAGGGUUACCAGUCUCAUGGUAUGUGUAGAGUGGAGCAAUUGUGGUAUUUUCUACAAGUCAAGCCACGAUUAUUUUUAGUGCCUAUUUUCGUAAAGAUUGAAAAUUCUCAAAACAUCGCUCGAGCCAGAAACCUAAAGAUUUCAGCUUUAAACCUCUACCGGGCGAUUGAAAAGUAACUCCCUAGUUUAAGUACUUGUAAUUUGCUCCUUUAAUCAUGGAACAUACACAAAUAAAUUGAGAAAAAUAUUACAAGAUAUGAAUAAAUAAGUAUUUUAAAAGGGGGAGUUACUUUUCAAUCACCCUGUAUAGUCCGCCGCGCUACCACAUGAGCUAUCAAAGGGUUAAUGUCCAUAUGCUGUUUCACUGGUUUUCCUCACCAGUAAAACAAUUACGCGAACGGCCGACUAGUACAAUCUUAAAAUGGACAUCAAGGAUAUCGAACAAAUGCUCGAACGGGUUUCCACAGAACCUCUUGUGAGCUUCGUGCUAAAAAUAAAUUAAGAAAUAAAUUGACACCUUUAAAUUCCCAAAACCCAGCAUUGAACCAGUUUCAGUUUCAGCCCAAUCACUCAAUACUUAUGAGGUCAUGUGACAAAAGGGAAAACUAAAGUCUUGAUUGCAAAUAAGGAUUUUGGAUUGGAUAGUUUAGUACAGGUGAAAAAAAAAAAUGACCGUGUCGCCUCAGAGCCACCAGUGUCUCCUGGUGAGAAGAUUGCUGUCCAAAUGAAACAGACUUCAACUAUUGUCAUGUCAUUUUUUUUCCUUUGUAAAUUUGAAUUACAGGCCAAAUAAUCCUGUCGAAAGUAUUACUAAUAUGAGAUGUAAAUACAUGUUUUAUUGUUUUUGUAUGUUGAAAGCUAUCAAACCUCAAAUCUUCUACGUUUAUGGAAAUGCUUGAGGAUUGGUUGCACAUCUUUAAUAUCCGGCUUAAGGUGGAGGCACUCGUACGUAUUUUGUCUUCACUAGUAAACCAAUUCAGCACACUAGCAGAAGAACAACUCUGUCUUACCUGUAACAUUUCCCCCUACAAGUGCCACUUCUGGCCUAAUGGCACACCAUUAAACCUUAAUACUAAACUACUGUGCUGCAUUAGUAACACUACUGAGGUGAACUAGGAGGAAUGUGUCAUGCACUACAAACCUCCCGGAUCCUACGAGAUGCACAAAAAUGCACUCAAUUGUGUACUACUAAACCAAACAUGGAGUUAGUAGUGGAAAAAUUUGUUCUACUAGUCAUGUGGUUGAAUUGUCUUACGAGUGAGGACAAAGAGCGUACUAGUAGAGGGACCUCAAGUUGGAUAUCAAGGAUAUGAAAUCAAUGCUGAAACUCCUUUCCGUCCAAGGUGACGUACAUUUUAACUGGAUGUGUUAUUUGUUGCAAAGCAAGUUAUGAGCUGUAAUUUGCACAUUUGUGUGUAGUUCAAUAAAUUCAAGGUGGGCCAACAAACAAA